GGGACGGGGGAGACACCCCUGCCCCCACCCCUCGUCUGACCGGCCCCGACCGGCCCCGACCGGAUCCGGCCCCCGCAACCACCAGAAGUCAUUUUUAAGCAAACCUCCGUAAUGUCCUGGUUAGCUGAUCUUGCCGGAAAGGCGGAGGACCUUCUGAACCGGGUAGACCAAGGGGCCGCGUCUGCUCUCAGUAAGAAAGAGAGCGCGGGCCGCGCCACAUACAGCGCAGACGCCGACUAUCCCCAACUGCACCAGCAAAGCCCCGAACUGGCCUACAAGACUGCAGCCAAAGCCGCCUACGUCUCCGCGGCGGCCGAGCACGUUAAAUAUCAGAACGCGUCCGUCCUCGCUGGAGCGGCAAACGUGAAAGUGGGCUCCAGGACAGCCGGGGAGGAGUCCCACCCCAUAGAAAACCCGCCCACGCCCAGGCCCUCCGCCCAGUUCGUGCGAAGGAAAAAGUCGGAACCCGAUGAUGAGCAGCUGUUCGAUUUUCUCAACAGUUCCGAGAAGGAGCCGAACGGCAGGGCGGAAACUAAAAGAGAAAGAGACAGGGCGGUUGCUUUUCAGGGUCAUUCUCGGACAUCCAGCGUCGGUUCUGUUACUCCCGGGGCACAGAGCAUCAAGGCGACCGAAGAAACCUCCUCCGGAAACCCAGGCCAUGAUACCCCUGACAGUUCAGAUUCUGGACUAGGAGCCCAAGCUGAUGCUUCCAAGGAAGAUGCAUCAGUGGGUGGAGCUGCCAAUCACAGCCUUACAGCGAAGGGGGACGGGAAAUCUCAUGAGCUGUCCAAUCUUCGUCUGGAGAAUCAACUCCUGAGGAGUGAGGUUCAGUCUUUAAAUCAAGAAAUGGCGGCCGUCAUUCAGAGGUCCAAGGAAACCCAAGAAGAGCUAACGAAGGCCCGAGCCAGAGUUGAAAAGUGGAACCUGGAUCAUUCAGCGAGCGAUCGGGUAGUACGAGAACUCCGGGCCCAGGUGGAUGACCUGAAUGAAGGGCUGGCGGCGAAGGAUUCCCAGCUGGCGGUGUUGAAAGUGAGGCUGCAAGAAGCCGAUCAGUUACUGCGUAGCCGCACUGAAGCCUUGGAAACCUUGCAGAGUGAAAAAUCCCGAAUCAUGCAAGAUCACAACGAAGGAAGUAGCCUGCAAAAUCAAGCUCUGCAGACUCUGCAGGAGAGGCUCCACGAGGCUGACUCCACUCUGAAGCGGGAGCAGGACAGUUACCAAAAGAUGCAGAGCGAGUUUGCAGCUCGCCUUAGUAAGAUGGAAGUGGAACGUCAGAACUUGGCAGAAGCGGUUACUCUCGCAGAAAGAAAAUACGUGGAGGAGAAGAGGAGAGCAGAUGAUCUGCAGCAGCAAGUGAAAGUAGCCAAGUCCAACAUGGAGUCAUCCAAGCAAGAACUGAUUGACUACAAGCAAAAAGCGACCCGCAUUCUCCAAUCCAAAGAAAAACUGAUAAGUAGCCUGAAAGAAGGCUCUGGUUUUGAAGAUCUGGAUAACAGUACAGCCAGUAACUUGGAGCUGGAAGAACUGCGACAUGAGAAGGAGCUUCAAAGGGAGGAAAUACAGAAGUUGCUGGGACAGAUUCAGCAGCUGAGGACAGAAGUGCAGGAUGUGGAAUCCCAGCUUGUGAGCGAAGCUGAAUCGUCAAGAGAACAACUUCGAGAACUCCACGAGCAAAUAGCUGGGCAAAAAACAAGCAAGCAAGAGCUAGAGGCAGAGUUGGAGCGACAGAAGCAGGAGUUCCAUUUCACAGAGGAAGAGCUUUAUCGGACAAAGAAUACACUGCAAAGCAGGAUCAAAGACCGAGAGGAAGAAAUUCAGAAGCUCAGGAACCAGCUCACCAACAAAACCCUGAGCAACAGCAGCCAGUCAGAACUAGAAAACCGACUUCAUCAGCUAACUGAAACGCUGAUCCAGAAACAGACCAUGUUAGAGAAUCUCAGCACAGAGAAGAACUCUCUCGUCUAUCAGCUGGAGCGCCUCGAACAACAGAUGAAGGCCAUCCCUGGUAGUCUCAGUAAUGGAUCUUCUAUUAACAUGCCUGGAGUUGACAGUGGCGAAGGUGCUCGCAUGAGAAAUGUUCCCGUGCUCUUUAGUGAAACAGAAGCUACCAUGGUAGGCAUGUAUGGGAGAGUCAGGAAAGCUGCCAGUUCCAUAGAUCAAUUCAGCAUUCGUCUGGGAAUUUUUCUCCGAAGAUAUCCCAUAGCCAGGGUGUUUGUCCUUAUAUAUAUGGCUUUGCUUCACCUUUGGGUCAUGAUUGUUCUACUCACCUAUACACCCGAAAUGCACCAUGACCAUCCAACUGGGAAAUGAAGACUGAACCAAAGUGUUAAAAUGAUUGGCAGUUCUUUCCUCCCCCAGGGUUUCAAAUACACGGUCCUCAGUCCUGCCAGGAAUACCUGAGAUAGGUGCACAUCAUACCUAUUCUGUCAAUAUGGUGUAACUUCUAAAUUAUUGGACAGGUACUCUGCUAUCCAGCUUCCUCCUCUAAUUUGUUAGCAAGUUUCCUAAAACAAGCCUUACUAAGAUAAGCUUAGCCUUCUUUGCUUUCCAUGAGUCUAAUGGUCCAGUAUAUAUGUAAAGAUUUUUCCUCUGCCUAGGAAUACAGGGAUAAUUUCGGAUCCCAGUUGUAUUCAGUGCAAACUGUAAUUUAGAUUACACUGACUGUGGACUAUGGGCUAUAAUCAGGGAAACUAAUUGUAUUUAGAUAUAUAUAAAUAUAUAUAUAUAUAAAUAUAUAUAAAUAAAAGUUUUGGUUAUAUAGUCGGCUUUUGCACUUAUAUGCUUUUAACGUUGUAAAUAUGGAUUUGUCUUUCACAUGUUAUAGGCCUGAUGAUUGCCUGGGGCAACAUCUUUUCAUAAAUACUUUAUGGGAAUAAAAUCUAGUCUGCCUUUUUCUUGAA